AUGGCAAACCAAGAGCAAUCACAACAAAAUCAAGCAGUAUCACCUUAUUAUUGCCAUACUUGUCGUAAAAAGUUCAAAAAUCAAGGCACCUUGGAUAGCCAUCUUACCAGCAGUAAGCAUAGACAUCAACUUGAACUGCAGCAAUCCCAGCUGGUGACCGAUCAUGCAAAGCAUGCUGAAUCGAUGAAAUUCGUCAUGGAUGAUCCUUCCACCGUAAUUGAUAAGGUUCAAGAUCGAAUUCAAGAUCGACCUCAAGAAGGAAUUUCAAUCUUACGAAAAGCAGCUGCUGAUUUUUACGACAAUGGAUCUCAAGAUCAUGCUAUAUUCCUGUACAGAAAAUUGAUUGAAUUUAUAAAGAAACGAUUACUAGCUCUUCGUCAGCUGCCUGAAACUGAGCGUAAUUUACCAGGAUCAGGCUGUAAGAAUUCUGAAGAGCAUCCAUCUGCACAUGGCAAUGAGGGAAAUUUAGCCAGUAUAUUGCCUAAGGAAAAGGAACAGUUAAGAGAAACACUCUUUGAGUCCUACUUAUACUUAGCACGCCUUGCCCUUAAUCGUGAUCGAAUUCAAGCAAUAGAUCACUACAAUACGUCGAUAUCUCUAUUUUUCCGUUCCGAAGAUAUUGAUCUUAUUUGUGAGGCAAGUUAG